UGAUGCCAAGGCUGCUCUUCUGCUCAUGGGAGGCGCCUUCAAUCAGCUGCAGGAUAACCCACCCACCCACCCACCCCCCGGACGCUGGCAGAGGCCCCACCCGCAAAGAGGCGAGAGGGCAGGUGCGCUUCUGCCGCGCAGCCCCAGCCGGACGGCCAUGCCAGCCUCAGGGAACGGCUCUGGCAUUCCUGCACAUCUGGAAGUGGGCAAAGGAGGCGAUGCUUAGGCAAAGGUCUGGGGCAGCCCUGCCCUGCUGCCCACAGGCGUAGACCCCUGCCGAGAGAAGAUGGCCCAGAGGAGCCCAAACUUCUCCACCCUCGGCCCAACCGAAAGGCGCAUCCGGAACUUCCCGCUGCACAGCCAGGCCCUGACCGCGGUUCCCCUGGGCUCCGCCCGCCUGAUGGACCAGCUGGAGGACCGAAUCCUCAGCCAUGAGAAGACCACGGCGGCCCUGGUGGAGCACGCCUUCCGCAUCAAGGAGGACAUCGUCUCCACGCUGCACCGGAUGCAGAACAAGGGCGGCGGGGACCGGCUGGCCAGGCAGCUGCUGGAGGAGCACAUCCGCAACAUCACCGCCAUCGUCCGGCAGCUGAACCGGGACAUCGAGGCUCUGCAGGAGCAAAUCCGGGUCAGGGACAACCUGAGUUACGGAACAAACUCCACCCUGAAGAGUCUGGAGAUGCGGCAGUUGUCUGGACUGGGAGACCUUCGUGGACGGGUCUCCAGGUGCGACGCAGGGCUGGCCAGGGUCUCCGCCGAGCACAAGGUCACCUACGAGAGACUCCAGAGCCUCAGCAAGGAGCAGCAGGCCACCAAAAUGAUCCUGGAGUCCAAAAUCAAGGAGACGGAAAUACAGAUUUCCCACCUUCUGAGCAGAAUUGAGCAGUCGGUGAUGCAACAAGACGCAAAGCUGAAGCUGGCCUACAAAGAGAGCAACCAGCAGCUCCAUCUCCUGGAGGCCAAGCUGCAGGACGCCAUCGAGCACCUCACCAGCCAGAUCUCCUCCGCCCGCAGCCAGAUGGAGCAGGAACAGGAGCGCUUUGAGAAGAAGUUCCUGGAGAAGAUUGACCACCUCUUCCUCGCCAUCAAGGAGAAGAGUGAGGUGGACAGCAGGGCCCUGGAGACGCAGCUGAGCGAGAUCCACGGGAAGCUGCAGAAAAUGGAAGCCGGACAAAAGGGCUCAGCCCAGGAACAGGAGGCGAAUCCGGCCGAGGACAGGAUGACUGUCCAGCUCAGCAAACUCCAGUCCGAUUUCACUGAGGACAUCAAGGAAGUCAAGGCAGAGGUUAGCGCCGGACUCAGCACCAUCUAUGAGAGCAUCGGAUCCCUGCAGCAGGUCCUGGAAUCAAAAAUGAAACUGGACAAGGAGGAGCUGCAGAAGCAGAUCCAGCGGCUGAAGUGACGGGCAGCUGGCGGGGCCCGGCCAGGGAGCAACCCCCCCUCCCUCCCUUUGGCCCAGCAGGACGGACACUCGCCGUCUGGGCCAAGUCAUUUACUGUAAAUAAGAGAGGCCGAGCGUGGCCAGACCAACCUGCCCUUCGCAAGGGGAACCGGACAGGAUGACGGCCGGGUCCUUCUGGAUCUCAGCUGCCUCCCUGGACUUUGGAACUGGCCUUUCUGCAAUCGAGGCCAAGAGAUCCGGACACCUGAGCCGAUGGAAGAGACUCCGAAACUCCGCUUCCUUCCUUCCCUUGAGCAGGGCAGGGGCGCUUUGCAAGUGGCAAGAGGGUGCCAGCCAGGCAGGGAAGUGCCACCCACCGCAGCCUCCCCUGGGCAUAUAUUCGGUCUCCACGCCUGACUCCUCCUCCAGCGUUCGCCCCAACAUCUGGUCCCAGGAGAAGGUCCCAGGAGGUCUCCCCGGGGAGCCCGUGGCUGUCGCCUGCUUGCCCUUCACACGGCCUGUCAACCCCAUUCUUGCUUGGCGCCCCCCCCUGCCGCUUCUCCCCAAUUCCCCCACUUUUUGACGCUUCUGAAUACAGCUGCGUGUCAGGACGGUGGCUCCUUUUCCAGCCCAGCUGCCCUCGGAGGGCCUCGUGCCAUCUGCCUCUGGCUUCCCUGCAGCUCUCCUGCCGGCCCGGGCAGCACCUCCCUCCUCCUACGCCCGUUCAUCUCAGCUGAGCACUGCCAACGUAUUCCCGCUGCAGCCGGGGCCCUGCUCAGUGGCAGGAGGACCCUGGUCGCUUCCCAAACAGGACCAGCGGUUGCAGGUGUGCCCAAGGCCUCCCUGCAUGCCUAGUGCCCCCCAUCCUUGCUGGUUGCAGGCCUUCCCUGCCCCAGCCAGAGCAUCACCCUGCCCUCCGUGUCUCUGGGGCUGAGACUCCCCUCCUCUGCGCUGCCCCAGAGGGCCACCUGCCCUCCUCUUCAAGGAUCCCGCCAGCCACAGGUACCGGGAGCCUCUCCUGUGUUGAAACCCCCCCCCGGCUCUGGCCCAGCCCCCUUGGGCUCCUGCAGACUGGACCCAGGAAGGGAAGGCAGAUGGAGGGUUUUUCCUUCCGAGGGCCCUGAGGCUUGGAGCUCCCCCCAAGGAAGCUUGUCCGGGGAUGGGGUUGUUCUGCCUUCACCUGAAGCUCAGGUGCUUUUUGUUCAGAUCUUUAAGCAAAGUGGCAUUUUCGCAAAACCACACUCCUUGCUCCCUUCCGCCUCUUUCUCAGUUCACCUUCUGUCAGGUAACGUUUUCCUUUUGCAACAUCUCACAGUGGAAGAACCUUGCAGUGUUUUUCCUCAGAAUGCGAACCUCCUGCAGAAAUGAGAUAAGUUGGUAAAAUAUAGAAUGUUGUCAUGGAAAGUUGGCAGCAAAACCUGACCCAGCCAGGGACCUUUCAGCCCCUUCCUCAAAGGCUUCCUUGGGGUGGGGGCGUUGGAGAAAUAGAAGGGUAGCCCCUUCCCCAAAGGAGAAACGCUGAGCUUGGGUCCCAUCUGAUUCCUCGGGUCGCCCCUCGCCUUGGGCAGCCAGCCCUCAUCAGGAAGGCUCCCCGGGGCUCUGGGCCUUUCAGCCAAGCAUGCCGGUUGAAUUGAGGCCCUGGCUCCAACCCAACGGCCAUGAAUCUAUGCAGACGCCGGGCUCACCUUGCUCAGGUGCGCUUCUCUCCUCAUUUGACUGCAGAGACUUGGCAGCCCUGCCUGGCCCCCAAGAGCCCCUUCCUUGCACACGCUGACUGCUUGCCCGUGGAGGAUGUCACCAAGGCAACAAAAGAUGGACCAAGCAGACUAUCCUCACCCCCCACUUGGGAACCCUCCCUGCCCCACAGCUGGCACGGGGAGAGCCGGGAAUGGAUGCAGCAAUGGGGAGGAAAAGCUGGGGCUCUGGCAGCCUUGGGGCAGCCUUCUGGGACUGCCCAGAUUCCCCGAUUCCCAGCCAGCGUCCGGGAGGGCACCACUGGAGUGGUGGAGGGAAGGAGAUGCGUCCUGGCCUUUCCAUGCCAAGCCCCAGCAGAAGGUGGGCACCCCUUCCUUCUCUCUACUGCCAGCCUGGGAAGCAGAUGGCCGGACUCAGCCCUAGCCCAGGCUGGGAGCUUCGCAGGAGCCCCUGGGUAGCCCAGGGAGGUUCCUGGGCAGCUUCUGCCUUGCUCAAGGGACUGCCCGGUUGAAGCAGCGGCUGGCAGGGCAUGGUGCCCAACCAUUCCUCCUCCUCCUCUCACCUGGAAAGGCAUUUGUUUUAAAAAAGAAAUGUGAAUUCAUCCACAAUAAUCGCAAUGGGUAAAAUUCUCUAGGUAUUUCUUAAGUGUCUUUGAGAGCAAAAUACAUGUCUAUAUUUAUGUAAUUUUUGGCUACUUAGCGGGCAAACGACCGGCCUUUUAUAAACAAGGGCUCAACAACUGCGCGAUGGUG